AUGUCAUUGCAAUCCUCGAGUCUCAAAGAGGAGCUCGUCCCGCUUAGCCAGAUCCGCAGGCCAAUUCCCCCAGUGUUAGAUUAUCAGAAAAUCGAUGCAAUGGUAUCGACUCUCAAUGGUACACCUAUGGAGUCAGCUACGUGUAAAAUAGAAGAUAUGACUGCAGGUGAAUUGCCUCCGACCGAUGUGUUCUUGGUGAGAGAGCAAGGGAAAAGCUUCUACUUUGCCUUCGGUGGAUGUCAUAGGUUUCAGGCAUAUGAAAGACUAAGAUCCGAGGACGUCGAUCCAUUGGUGAAGGCCCGUAUUUUACCUGCAACAAGAAAGACACUCAAGGUUUAUUUGGGAAGCUCCGUUGAUGAGAUGUUUACAUAG